GAUAGAUUCCCUAGCAACGCAAACAAAAUGAAGUUAAGGUGUACCACAAACACAAACGGCCGAGCGGUAGCAGAUCACAACCGACAAUUCAAAUUAAAUACUAACGGGUAUGCUUUCCCUCUCCCACUGAACCCAUUUUCCCACCUGUAAAUUGUAAACAAAAGAGAAGAAAAAGCUUCACGCCGACACCACCUCCUACCUUCUCACUCCCUCCAAACCCAACCCACAUCACCAAAUCUCUCAUCUUUUUUGUCAUUUUCCAAUUUCCUCUUGAUCCCCAAAAGUAAAGAACUUUUUUUUUUUACCUCCAAUGAAAAGAGCUCACGCUCAAUGGCUCAUGAUUUUAACCGCCACUUCCCUCCUCUUCCUCAUCGUUCUCCUUACCGUAACCCUAACCGGCCACGGUAAAUACUCCUCCGGCGCCUCCGAUUUUUACUACGAGCAGCGCCAGUUUACCACUCUGGACCGAAAUUUUGGAGACACUGCCGAAAACAACGACGGCGACAGCAACCGGUUAGGGCUUCCGAAACUGCCGAGAUUCGCUUACUUCAUAUCGGGCUCCAGGGGCGAUGUCCCCCAGCUGCGGCGGUUGCUUCAGGCGCUUUACCACCCGAGAAAUUACUAUUUGCUGCACCUUGAUCUCGAAGCUUCGGACGCCGAGAGGCUCGAGCUGGCGAAAUUCGUGAAGUCGGAGGCUUUGAUUCGGGAGUUUCGGAAUGCCAUGGUGAUUGGAAACGCCGAUUUGGUCACCGCCAAGGGCCCCACUAUGAUUGCCUCCACGCUUCACGCCAUUGCGAUUUUGCUCAAGCGGGCUAAGGAUUGGGAUUGGUUUAUUAAUCUCAGCGCCUCAGAUUAUCCUCUUAUGUCCCAAGAUGAGCUUUUGCAUAUUUUUUCAUUCUUGCCGAGGGAGCUCAACUUCUUGGAGCACACUAGCAAUAUCGGGUGGAAAGAAAAUCAAAGGGCAAGGCCUAUUAUUGUUGAUCCUGGCUUGUACCACUCUAAGAAAUCCGGUGUGUUUUGGGCUAAAGAGAGAAGGUCAAUGCCUGCUUCCUUCAAGUUAUUCAUGGGGUCCACGUGGGUGGUGCUGACCAAAUCGUUUCUUGAGUUCUGUGUUUUGGGGUGGGACAAUCUUCCCCGCACUCUUCUCAUGUAUUACACCAAUUUCUUGUCAUCCCCAGAGGGCUACUUCCACACCCUUGCGUGCAACCACAAGGACUACCAGAACACGACCGUGAAUCAUAACUUGCAUUACAUAAGGUGGGAUAGCCCUCCGAAGGCAAAUCCAAUUAACCUAACGCUGGAACAUUACAACGACAUGGUCCAAAGUGGAGCUCCUUUUGCUGGUUCAUUUGCCAGGGACGAUCCGGUUCUCGACAUAAUUGAUAAGGAGCUCUUGAAGAGACCAAGAGGCCAGUUUACACCGGGUGGUUGGUGUUUAGGGAAGUUAGGUAAAGAUCCGUGUUUAGCUUGUGGCAACCCAAAUGCUGUAAAACCAACUGUAGUUUCAAAGAUGCUAGAGAAACUCAUUGUGAAACUUCUUGAUUCUGAAAAUUUCCGGCCUAAGCAAUGUAAAUAGUCUUGUCUAUGCUUUGAUU